AUAUACAAGCAGGGAUGCGCAAGUAUAUUACAUUGCGUAUAUUACGUGAGGUUUUUGACGUAUCAUACGUACGUAUGUUACGUCUCGAGUUUCUUACAAAAUGUAACUUACCAUUUCAAGAUGGCGUCGAUUCUUAUCGAAUAUAAACAUCAUAACAUAACCUCUAGUAUUUUUAUAACUAUAAUUUGUCCCAAAAAUAUCUGACUGACUUAACUUUAAUUUUAUAAUAAUGAAUAGAGGCGGGCGACCAAGAAAUAGUGUUUGGGAAGAUUUCUGUUUUGUUUUAAGAAAACAAAAUGGAAAAAAUGUUGCCUUUUGUCCAGGCUGUAACCGCAUUCUAACCAAUACCGCAGAAGAAAGGUUAAAGAAUCACAGGAAAAAAUGUGGUAUUGAGAAAAUUCUGACUGUUGAGGACGGUUUAUUUAAUAUGGAAGUGGAUACUAGUUUAUCGUUAAAUAAAUCCAAUUUGAGCCGUGAUACAAAUGUGUCAAUUGAUAUUUCAGAAGAAAUAUUGCCAGAUAAUAAUAAUAUUAUCCAUCCAAUUCUGCUAUCGAAUGUAAGCAAUGGUGAAAUCAGUAAAAAAAAUCCAUCUGUUGCUUCUUCUACAACUUUUUCAAAUAGCCAUUUGAAAAUCGUACCAAAAAAACUUCAAAGAUCAAUGCAAUCAUUUCUUGACAAAAUUUCAGAAAAAAAAAGAGAGUUAAUUGAUCAAGCGCUUGCAAAUUUAAUUUUCUCUUGUAAUAUUGACUUUGAUAUUGUAGAUUCGAAAUAUUUUAAAGAAUUCAUUAAACUCUUACGACCAGCUUACAUCCCGCCCGAUUCUGGAUACGUAGCUUCAAAGCUUCUACAAAACACUUAUGAUAUGUUUGAAAAUACAAGAAAUGAUAUUAAUGUAGAAUUUGGUACGAAGCCUAUAAUUUUGUUUCUAAAUCAAACGAUAUAUUUAGAGAAAGUCAGCAUAUUAGCUAUGAUUCGGGCUGCAGAUGAAGAACACUUACAUUUUUUGAAAAUAUUUUCCCUUUCAUUAGAAGAAAGGGAAACAGAGUUUCGAGAGAUUGUAAAUGAAGCUAUGGAAUUGACCAGAAACAAAUUUUCUGGAAACGUAUUCGCCAUUGUUACAGAAGAAAUAUCACUUCUAGAUUCUUUUACUUUCGACAAGUGGAUUACACCAUGCAAUAUUAAAAUUGCGAAUUUAAUAGCAACCUCUUUAGCAAAUCAUUCAGUUUGCUAUAGUGUUCAGACAAUUGUAACUACUUUUCAGAAACGUGGUGUUAUUGAACUCGAUAAAGAAAUUAUUGAUGAAAGCAUUUCUGCACAAAGCAACGAAGUAUGGAGAAACCAUUUACAUACUUAUUCGACUUAUUUAAACAACUUAACGACGCUAAAACAAAAAGUUGCAGAAGGAAGUAUAAAACUCAAUCAAAAAAGCACAACACUCGUUUUUGAUGAAUCGUUUAAUAAACAAAUUGAAGAGCUUAAAAACAUGUAUAUGUCAUUAAUUGAAAUAAUUGACAAUUUUGAGAAAAGUACCGUUUUAAUCGGGGAUGCUAUACAAAGCUGGUUAGAUCUACUGAAAUGCGCUCCAGAGAAACUUCGAUCAGAAAUAGAAUUGCACAUAAAUUCUUUAAAGCAACCAGUGUCUAUAACCGCUAAUUUAUUGCAUCCUAUUCAUAACGGUAAAAGUUUUAGCCCCACAGAAAUGAAGAUGGCAAAGGACUUUUUAUUUGAUAAUCUUGAAGAAGAGGGUCUGAGCGAUUUCACAGAUUAUGUGAGUAAAAAAGGAAUUUUUGCAAAACUAUUUAAAAAAAAUAUUAAAUCACCUGUACUGUUUUGGCAACUUGUAGAAGAAGAAGCUCCAAAUUUAUCAAAAUUAGCUCUUAAAAUAUCAUCGAUACCAGCCUCCUCUAUUAAAAUAAACGGUCAUUUUCUUGAAAAAAAGAAUUUACCGAAUGAGCAAUCAGACAAGAUUGUUAACUUAUACUAUAAUUUAAAGAUCCAAGAGAUGAAAAAGUAAAAUACUAAAUAAGUGUUAUUGUUUUUCAUUUUUAUAUUAUAAAUUAAUCCAAAAUGUUAUUUUUCGAAUCAGUAUUUUAUCGAACGAGUAGAAUUAAAAAGUUUACUUCUCAUUAAACAAAAAAAUUGUUGUUUCAAACUUUACAUUUAUAUCAGUUUUAUUUUUGUGUUCCUAACGUUUGAAACCAAAGAUAUUUGUAUUUUAAGAUAUAAAAUGUUAUUAGUGUAACUAAUAGGUUUAAGUACAACAAACAAAUUAGAAACUGUAUGCGCAAAAGAAUAUUUAUUUUAUAAUACAAACUGUGGAAGUUCAUCAGAAUAAAUAAUUAAUAA